GGAAUCCCUGGACAGCUACCUACAGCAGCCCCACUCUACCUUUAUACCUCAUAUGCCUCAACCUCAACCUUCCUUGUAUUCCUGGCUCAGAGAACCAACAUGUACUGGUGAUCAAGGCACUCAAUGGACCUGAAGGAAAGCCAUUGCUGGGGAAGGAAGAGAAAGACUGAAAAGUUUGGAGCAAAACCUCAGGCCAAGGCAGGACCAGAGCUUUUCAGGGAGAUGCACAUACAAGCCACAUUCACAGUAUCUGGCCCUCUGGCCCAGCCCACAGUGGCCUGGGUGGGGGAAGAUGUCCUGCUUUCUUGUCACCUCUCCCCCAAGAUGGAUGCUCGAGAAAUGACUGUUAAAUGGGUCAGAGGUCCACUGGUUGUGCACAUGUACCGCAUGGGGAAGGAGAUGAUGUUUGUCCAGGCCCCUGCAUUCCAAGGGAGGACAAAGAUGCUGAGAGAGGACAUGGCUGAAGGGAAGGUGACCAUGAGAAUUCACCAGGUCCAGCUGUCUGAUGCCGGCCAGUACACGUGCUAUUUCCAGGCAGGCACCUUUUACAAUGAAACCAGCUUUGACCUUCAGGUAGCAGAACACCGGAAACAACCAUUCUCAGUGGCUGGCCCCGCUCAGCUCAUUCAGGCCAAGCAGGGGGAAGAUGUCACACUCUCCUGUGAACUCUUCCCCAAGAUGAAUGCUCAGGACAUGACUGUGAACUGGUUCAGAAACCAGACCCUCGUGUACAGGUACCUGAAUGGAGAGAACCUGGAGGAAUCCCAGGGCACUGAGUUCCAGGGGAGGACAGAGCUGCUGAAACAUGACAUGGCUGAGGGGAAAGUGACCUUGAAAAUCCAGCAGGUCCAAGUCUCUGACUCUGGUCCAUACACUUGCCAAUUCCAGUCACUUGACUCUCACAGUGAAGCCCAUAUUGAACUGCAGAUAGAAGAGAGUCUCCCCACAUCUCAGAAGACACUUCCUAUAAUGAUUGUUGCUGUAUUCCUGGUGGUCUUCAGUGGUUCCUCAUUGGUGACUUGUUUCUUCUACAAAAAAAGACUACAGAGGGUAUUAAAGCGUAAAGAAUUCCACUCCCAACUUCACUCUCUAACAGCCUUGUAAGAUACAAAAAGGAAGUACUAUUAUGACCAUUGUACAGAUGAAGAAAAUAAAGGUUAAGGAAAAUUCAAUAAUUUAGUUUGCAGGCCUUGCUGGCUUCCAGAAAGGGGUCAGACUGUCCAGCUCUACACACCUACUGUAGCCAAGACCUGAAAUUCACCACAGAGCAAAUAAUGAUUAAGAAAGCCAGUGAUAAAGUGGUAUAAGUAACUUGUUCCAUCUCAAAAUUGCACAAAAAGCCAAAAUCCAAAGGGCAGUAACAUAGAGGGACAUCAUUAAAGCCAGCGCCUACACAGGUAGACAUCAACAGUUACGGAACAGAAACCUGUGUGUUAACUGCGAAGCCUCUGUGUUUGGAGGUCACAAGGAUAGAGGGCCCCCUGAGAAAAGCCCAGGGUGGUCAGAAGGGCCCAGGGGGAAGACUCUGGAUUCCUUGGGUAAUGGCUAUGACCAGGGCAGCAGGAAAGUGCUCCUUACUGGACAUCACAGGCCCCAAGGGGACAGCCCUCUGUCCUGAGAUGCCGAGACAGUCAUGAAGAUACAGCACUGAACUUCAAAGUUUCCGGAGUGGAAUGCAGUCCAGUAAUCUAGAGGACCAACAAUAAAAUUGGAUCAUUAUCUACCAGAGUUACCUCAUUCCCCAAACCCCCAGCAUUGGUUAGGAAAAGGGCAUACAACAAGGACUUGAUUGGCCCCAGGGUGGGACAAGGCUCAAUCCUGACUCAGCCGCUGGUGGGUUCCGAAUAUGUUAAUGUGGCUUCCUGUUCAGUUAAGGGUAGAAGUCUCCAAACUAUGCGUUAGCACUGCCUGUCCAGCUUAACAGAAAUUUUCAUGGAGACAACAUCAGAGGGGAUCAGGGUGGGGAUAUCUGGGGAAGUUAGCUUGCUGCAUCUCUUUGCUAUGUUAACGCUAAGUAAACCUACUUUGGGUAAUUAUUCAACAGC